GUGAUCGCCUUGAUAUGUCUAUGCUUGGCGUUAUUGCUACUCAUCGUUUCGGUGGCGACGCCGUCUUGGGUGCAGAUGCUUCACUUCAAAGCCGGCUUGUUCGUCGAGUGCACGUCGAGUGAUCGGCAGUUUUCUGACCGCUUGCCCAUCGGUGCUCCUGAAGCCGGCCAGUGCCAAUCCGUGGAGCAUCGCGGCGCAAGUAAGUAUUAUGUUUUUGUUCUUAUGACUAACUACAGUUGUGUUCCAAUGCUACACAUGAACCCUGUGUAAAU